AUGAAUUCGAGGUCAAAACGAAUGUUAGCGUUGGUGAAAAAUGAUGAUAAAGGUACGGAUGUCGAUCAAAGAAUAUUGUUUAAUAAUAACAAUGGUAUAGAAAAAUCAGAAGAGCAGUCAACACACAUUACGGCGGAACAGACUUGUGAAUCGCCGUUACCACUUGAAGCAGUUGAAAUAUUGUCAAUUCAGCUAAUGCAAGAUGUAUGGAAUGAUGCCCUUUCAGAAAAUGACAUUCAAGAACCACCAGUCACAUACCAUCAAGACGAGUCAAUUGCAGCAGAUUCCGUUCCUGAACAAAAUGAAGAUCCUUUUAUGCCUGUAGGUGAAAUGACUCCUAUUAGCGCAAUUGAUUUCCCUCCAUCAGAAACCUCACAGACUGAAAACCCUUCUGAAGAAUUGAAAGAACAACACAAAAGACAUCAAUCAUAUAAGACUAUUUCUAGAAAGCUAAAAAAUUCUGACAAAAAUGCAGCUGUUUUAUCAAACGGGCCAAUUGAUAUUACAAACGAUAAAUAUAAAGAUAUCAUCAGCCUUUGCGAGACUGGAAUAAUCCCAGAAAAAUACCAUCCUUAUUUUCGAUCCUUGCCACACAGUCUCACAGUAGAAGCGUCAGGAUAUGCUGAUGGUACUGAUGAUGAUGAUGACGAUUGUUAA